AUGGCGGUAGAUGGUGAUUCUUCGAAUUCAACUGAUUUACCAAAUGCAAACAGGGAUACGUUAGACUCAACCAAUCCUUUGUACAUGCAUUCUUCAGAAAGUGCCGGGUCGACACUGGUGUCGGUAGUAUUUGACGGAACUGGCUAUAGAUCUUGGAGAAGAGGCGUCCUCAGAGCUCUCUCAGUGAAGAAUAAGGUCGGCUUUAUCAAUGGAAAGUGUAAGAAGCCAGAUUCCAACCAUCCGACGUUUGAACAGUGGGAGAGGUGCGACGAUAUGGUAACGUCGUGGAUUCUCAACUCACUCUCAAAGGAUCUAGCGGACAGUUUGCAAUAUGUAGUCGAUGCGAAAGAACUAUGGCAGGAACUGGAGGAUAGGUACGAUCAGACGAAUGGAGCAAAAUUGUACCAGCUUGAAAGGGAAAUCAAUGACCUAAGUCAGGGAACCCUAGACAUUACAGGAUACUAUACGAAAAUGAAGAAGAUUUGGGAAGAAUUAAACACUCUAAAUGUGCAUACUCAAUGCAAAUGCCAAUGUACUUGUGGUGCCAAGGCAAGUAUGCAGAAGGCAGAACAGGACAGGAGGUUAAUUAGGUUUUUAAUGGGAUUGAACGAGGUUUAUACAGUCGUGAGAGGGAGCAUUUUGAUGAUGAACCCGUUGCUCGGGAUUGCACAAGCCUUUUCUAUCCUAAUCCAAGAAGAAAAGCAAAGGGAAGUUAGACCAAACAAUCAUCUGAUGAUAGAGUCUGCCUCAAUGAAUGUCAAUGGACCUGCAAAUCCAGGCUUUAGGACCAACUAUGCUCAGCAGAGAAAUAACAUAGGGAACAACUCAUAUAGAG